CGAGUGACUGAAACUACGUUUUAAAACAAAAAAGACAACAAAAGCAAUUUUUACUUCAUUCGUCAAAGACUUUAGGCAUGAGCUGUUUCCAAUGAAGUAAAUCAAGUUUAACAACAGAGAGUAAAGUUCAAGCAGUUUUGUUUUUCUUUUUAUUUCAUUCUGAAAAGAAGUUCAAGAUUUAUUUUUAUUUUGAAAAAAAAUUCAAAGUACAAGAUUCAAUUUAUAAAUUUUUUUUGUCGUGGCGAUUAGAAGCUGUGUGUGUUUGUGUGUAAUAAAAUUCCAGUAAGAAAGUGAAAUUAUGGCAGAUGAAAUUAACGCAGAAACAGUUGAGGAAGUUAGCUUCAUUGGUGGCAUUGUGCAAGAAAUUGUCAGUAGCCCACUGAACAUUGCCCUUGUUGCAAUCAUAACAUUUCUCGUUUAUAAAAUCUUCAUAAGCCGACAAGAACCAAAACCAUCGCCUCCUAGAGAGCCAGAAUUGCCAAAACUAAGAAGAGAUUUCACUGCGUCUGAGUUAAAAGCAUAUGAUGGAAAACAGCCAGAUGGAAGAAUUCUGGUCGCUGUCAAUGGAUAUGUUUAUGAUGUAACCCGAGGAAAAAGAUUUUACGGACCAGGCGGACCAUAUGCUGCUUUUGGAGGACGGGAUGCAAGCAGAGGAUUAGCUACAUUUAGUGUAACUACUAGUGAAGUUGAAUAUGAUGAUUUAAGCGAUUUGACACCACCAGAAAUGGAUUCAGUUCGUGAAUGGGAAAUGCAGUUCAAAGAAAAAUAUGACUUGGUCGGACGCUUGUUGAAGCCUGGCGAACAGCCGACAAACUACUCAGAUGAAGAUGACGAGCCUACAGGCUCAUCUGAUAAAUCAGGUACUGAGCAUGAAAAGUCAGAAAGUGAUGGAAAGAAAGAUGAUUCGAAGCCGGAAGAGUGAGAGUCCCGGUUAUUAGAUAUUCGUCUUAUGACAUCGGAUAAAAACGUCUCGACCCCUGUCGACGGUUUAUAUUUAAAAUUAUUAUUUGUUUAUAUCAAGUUAUCACAAAUUAAAUAUUUAAUUUUAAUUUGUCAUACUUCAAUGAAGCGCACGGAAAAAUCACAAUCAUAAAUAUAACGAUAUUUUAUUUUAAACAUUUCUUUUUUAUAAUAUUGAUUCAACAUAACAAAAUUCUUAUCAAUAUUUUCCUACUUCUUCAAAUGCAUUUCUUUUAAGUACUUAUGGCAUUCAAAAAAUUGAGUUGCAUGAACGCACUGAAUAACUCACAAAGUUUCAGCUUUUUAUGUUUUUUUUCUUUGGUGAAUUGAAAUGAAAAGAGAUGGAGAUGAAAGCGAUACGUAAAGUUUAAGAUGUUUCCAAUAUUUUUAAAAAUUUAAAAUUCAUGUUUUUUUCUAAAUGUAAACACAUGAAAAAGAGAAUGAGAGGAAUCAGUAAAAUAAAUUAAAUUUUAAGAAAA